UUUCAUACAGAAGGUCUUCAACUUGAAGCACACCACCCUUGAUUUCCAUUUCCUCUUCUUUGAUCUGUCUAGCUGUCCCUUUUUUUAUCCGUUUCACAUAAGAUCCAAAAGCAUUUCCACAAACCCAAAAAGCCUUUCAUUCCUCUCUUCAAAAUAAAAAAGAAAAACCCAAUCUUUAUCCAUCUUCUGCAAACAUAAUAAUUUAUUUAUUUUUUCUUGCUUUUAUAGUGUUAAUCGCCUUCUAUAGAUUCUCCAAGAGACUCUCCUUUUCUAGCUCAAUUAUUUUUUAGGCUCAUCCGCCAAAAGCCAAAAUCUUUUGGCCUUAUGGUGUUUGAAAAAAAAUCGAGUUUUUUGUUUCUCAAUUAUAUUCUAUGUUAUUAGCAAAGUUGUUAACUUUAGCCUCAAAAUUUUGAACUAGCUAACGUUGGCUGUUUCUUUUGAACUUGAACUGUUGCUCUCAAACCAUUUCUUUGGGGGUUUUGAUAAGGUUGUUUUGAUUGUUGAUCUUGCUGUUUUGGUGAAAGUUUUUCCUUUUUUGAACAGUUUUGAAAUCUGGGUAUUUUUCUCUUUUUUUUUUUUUUAGGAAUUUGAUCUUGGCAUUACUGAAAUUUUAAUUUUUUGUGAUCUUUUGACUUGGGUUUUAAGUGCAAAGUGAAAUUGUUUUCUCCUCUUAGUUUUGGUGUUCCCUGUUAGAUGCCAAUUGUUUUCUUUCCAAUGUUUUGAUGCUAAGAUGCAGCCUGAUCAGAGAAGAAAGUCAGCUGUGGAUGUAGAUUUUUUCACCGAAUAUGGUGAGGGGAGCAGGUAUAGGAUAGAGGAAGUUAUUGGUAAAGGAAGCUAUGGUGUUGUUUGUUCUGCGUAUGACACACAUACUGGAGAAAAGGUUGCAAUUAAGAAAAUAAAUGAUAUAUUUGAACAUGUGUCUGAUGCCACCCGGAUCCUCCGAGAGAUUAAACUUCUCAGGCUCCUACGUCAUCCAGACAUUGUUGAGAUCAAGCACAUCUUGUUGCCUCCUUCGAGAAGGGAAUUUAAAGAUAUCUACGUGGUAUUUGAACUUAUGGAAUCUGAUUUACACCAGGUUAUCAAAGCAAAUGAUGAUUUGACCCCAGAACACUACCAGUUUUUUCUUUAUCAGCUUCUUCGAGGCCUGAAAUACAUUCACACAGCAAAUGUUUUUCACCGGGAUCUAAAGCCCAAAAAUAUCUUAGCUAAUGCUGAUUGCAAACUGAAGAUCUGUGACUUUGGUCUUGCAAGAGUAGCUUUUAAUGAUACUCCGACUGCGAUAUUCUGGACAGACUAUGUUGCAACAAGAUGGUAUAGGGCUCCUGAAUUGUGUGGAUCCUUUUUCUCAAAGUUUUACAUUUUUUUUUCUUGUUUUCAGUAUACCCCAGCAAUAGAUAUAUGGAGCAUUGGUUGCAUCUUUGCCGAACUUUUAACAGGGAAACCUCUGUUUCCUGGAAAAAAUGUUGUCCAUCAAUUGGAUCUGAUGACUGAUCUUUUGGGAACGCCAUCUGCUGAAGCCAUUUCUAGGGUACGUAAUGAGAAGGCUCGGAGAUACUUGAGCAGCAUGCGAAAGAAAAAGCCCAUUCCUUUCUCCCAGAAGUUCCCUAAUGCAGAUCCUCUUGCACUUCGUUUGUUAGAAAGGAUGCUUGCAUUUGAACACAAGGAUCGACCUACUGCUGAAGAGGCCCUUGCUGAUGCAUAUUUUAAGGGCUUGGCCAAAGUUGAAAGGGAGCCUUCUGCUCAACCAGUUACCAAGAUGGAAUUUGAGUUUGAGAGACGUAGGAUUACAAAGGAAGAUGUUAGGGAGCUCAUAUAUCGUGAAAUUCUUGAGUACCAUCCUAAAAUGUUGAAAGAGUAUUUGGAAGGAUCAGAGCCAACUGGCUUCAUGUAUCCAAGUGCGGUUGACCAUUUCAAGAAGCAGUUUGCUUUCCUCGAGGAGCACUAUGGAAAUGGUACAACUGCAGCUCCACCUGAGAGACAGCAUGCAUCUUUGCCAAGGCCAUGUGUAUUAUAUUCAGAUAAUUCAUUGCAAAACUCAACAGAUGUGACAGAUAACUUAUCUAAAUGUUCCAUCAAGGAGACUGAGAGACCCCCAACAGAGAGAAGCUGUGGGAUCCCUAUGUCAAGGCUUCCCCUUCAAGUUCCUCAAAGCAUCCAAGCAGGUGGUGCCAGACCUGGGAAAGUAGUUGGAUCUGUAUUGCGUUACAACAAUUGUGGGGCAGCUGCAGCGGCUGAGACUCUUGAACAACGAAGAAUGGUUAGGAAUCCAACAGUUCCAAAUCAAUAUACUGCCUCAAACUGUUCAUAUCCACGAAGAAAUCCAGUCUGUAAAAAUGAUAGGGGAGAAGAUGAAGUAGUUGAAGGUUCAAAUGGAUUGCAGCCAAAACCCCAGUACAUGGCUAGGAAAGUUGCUGCUGCACAAGGUGGAUCUGGAAGUCAGUGGUAUUGACCUAAAUAUCAACUGCCAACGGCUAACCAAAUACUGGUCAGAAUUUAAUCCCGAAUUGGUGUUCUGACAGUUGGGAGUCAUCGGGUGAAGUGAUAUCAUCCUUUCUCCAGCAGAGCUGGUUAAAGAAGAUCAGACAAACUACAAGUAUAGCUAUGAGUUGUAAUUUAAAGAACUAAUUUGAAAGAUAGGUUAAACAGUGGCUACUAUCCUUCACCUCAUGGUUUUGUGAUCCUGGUCAGGGACGAUAUAAGAUUUGUGAAGUCACACAAUCGAGGAAAAGGCAAAGUGAACUUUGUAACUCAUGAAGUAGUUCUACUUAUGUUCUCAUUCUUUAUAAAGUGAAUGUAACACCCUUAGCCCUCAAACUUGGCUUUCAAUUAUGAUGAUUUUAUUGUUAUAUCCUUCUGCUUACCCUGUUGUACCUAAAGUAAGGGCUGUUAUUUAUUUCCUUUUUAACUUAAACAAGCGUUUUGAUUAAGAAAA